CGCUCGUCUAGUAUACCUGAUAAAAGUUCCAUUCUGUUAGCCAUGUUUAGUACAUAGCUGUAUGGACGAGUUUGUCGAACAACUACUGAGCACAACUCUCACAAUCUUGGACAGAGAGACAGAUAGGCUACAACAGUAGUUGCUCAUUGUAAAGAUAACACUGACUGAUAUUACGGUUCACAGGCUUACUUCGCAACCCCCAUUGACCCGUCGGAAGUUGGUGCAUAGGUCGGGCUUGCAAGGGGCACGACUCAAUGCUUGUCGGACGUCAUACGCCAGUUCAGAAUAAUCAAACAACCCUUAGCUCUGUCCCCAAGCCAUAAGGAGAUGACGGCGUAUAAAGGCAGCCGCUUACGCGCGGCUGCGCUGCUGAUGUGCGCGAUCCUCACUUCCACCAACACGGUGUGGGCUGCGGGCAAGCCACAAGCUUUUUUGCAGCAGCAACUGCCCCUUAGCAUUAUCAUUACAACUCCUGUGGAACUGGCCAACCCUGGAAAUGGCUCCGUGAGCAUGUUCGGCCGGCAAGCCAUAACGGUCGUCUUCUCCCGUCCUGUGAUUGCACUCGGCUCCGACUUCGGGACACCAGCAGAACAACAAAAGCUCCCCUUCCAGUUGUCCUGCCGCAUGCCCGGAAAGACCCGCUGGGUCACCACCACCAUCGCGCGCUUCGAUCCGGACGCCGACUGGCCCUCCGACCUCGCGUGCGACCUGCGCUGGAACACCAGCCUGGAGACGUACGACGGCGUGCCUCUGCAGUUGGGCCCUACGCCCCCCUCCGUCCGCCUGACCAGCCACCCGCUCCAGAUGUUCCUCACCGACGUGGACAGCCCCACCGCCCGCAACUUGACAGGGGGGCUGUGGAGCCCCUUUGCGGCGGGGGCGGGCCAGCUGCCGGAGGUGCCGCCGGAUGGCAAGAUUGUGCUGAGCUUCAGUCAGCCAGUGGACCCGCGGAUGCUGCAAUCCGCGCUGCAGUUCGCCCUCCUCGGUCACCCCCCAAGUCCCCCGUCCUCACACCGGCUCCAUCUUGUGCCCUCCACCUCCACCUCCACCUGCACCUUCAUCUUACCUCCUCUUGCUCCUCCCACGCUCCUCCCCCUCUCCCCGUUUUAGGAACCCCAUAC